AUGGCGUUAUCUACGCUCACGACAUUUAUGGCUUUAUGGACACGGGGUUUUCGAACUUCUAACCUCUAAUAAUUUAAAUUAUUAUUUUGCAACAAUUUUAGAAAUUGUAGAAAAAAUAUUUAAAUAUGGCCGGAGGAAAAAACAGUCAAAGUGGAUUUCAGCCGGAUUCUGAUGUUCAUAUCACUUACGAAGAGCAACAAAAAAUUAAUAAAUUUGCAAGGCAAAAUGCAAAGUUAGAAGAUUAUAAAGAAGAACUUAAAGUCAAGCAGAAUGAAUUGAAAAACUUGGAGGAUGCUUUCGAUGAAUUGACUCUUAUGGAUGAUGAUGCAAAAAUACCAUAUUACAUUGGAGAAGUAUUUGUCCAUCAAUGUCUUGAAAAAACACAGAAUUGUUUGGAGGAGGCUAAAAAUAAGAAAAAAACAGAAAUUGCAAAUUUAGAAGGCAAAUGUGCAGAAUUGAAGGGUAUCAUGAGCGAAUUAAAAACACAAUUAUAUGCAAAGUUUGGUAGUCGUAUAAAUUUGGAAUCAGAAGAUUUGGAAUAAUCUUCAAUGAUGCAUUUAUUAUUAUUAUUACACGUUAUAUUUAAUGUAGUAUUAAAGAAAU